UUCCUCCAUUAGAUGACAGCAGCGCACAUGGUGGCGGAGGAUCAGCCACUCCCGGCAGGCAGCCCAGCCCCCCUGCUCCCCCCUGCUCUUCCUGAAUGGCCGAUCACGCUGCCUGCGGUCCACGCCUCCCUGCCUCAUCCUCUGCUCUACCUCUUCAUCAAGAACUCGCUGCAGCCUCUCGGUACCUUAUUGCGCGGUGAUUGAAACUAGCUCGGUUUGUGCAGCGCCGCGUUUAAAGGAGCCCCCUGAAGACAAUCACCGCGCACACUUCAUCGCUCCAGUCUUUCUGACCCACCGGCUCCUUGAGUCUCACCUCUCUGCCUGCCUAGAACAUUGUGUCCUUUGUGGGGAAAAUGACUGCAAAGCACCGAAGAGGGAAGGGCAACCACAAACACGAAGAUAACUUUUUCAAAAACGAUGUUGUGGAGGCAGAAGUUCGCAAUGGAGUCAAUAAUUACGCGCUCCACUUGGUUUUAUUUCUGCUGAUUGUAAUUGGCGGUGCCACCGGCGCGUGGUUCUGUUUCCAGCAGCACCAAAGUUUAACCUACUUAACAGACAAUCUCAUGGGCAUGCAGAUGAAAAUAGUGAAGCUACAGUCCUCCCACGAAGAAUUGCGACAGUCAAGUAGAGAGCAGCAUGUGUCAGAGAGCCUGGAGACCCGCCUGAAUGCCCUGGAGGAUUCAUACGCACUAGCCAAGAAGCAGGUGGGCAUGGCCUUGGCCACAGCCGAACAGCUCAAGACGUCUGACCUUCCUGCUCAGGUGUUAUCGCUCCACACUGAGAUGAAAGCCCGCCUGGCAGAGAUGCAGCAGGCCACCGUGUCUCUGGACCAGCUGAGCCAGCUGCAGACCAUGCUGAAAGGGAAGAGCGAGGAGUUUGAGGGUGUCAGGAUUCAGGUGGAGGGCUUGGCCAUGCUGAGUGCCGAGCUAUCCCAGAAGGUUGAGGUGUUGACGGGGAGCAUGGGAGAAGCAGAAUCCAAGCUGGAGGAGAGAGCUGGACAGGUUGCCACGCUGAGCGCCACCCUGGACGGACAGGCGGCAGAGAUGCUCAGACUGAAGGAGCAGCUGGACGCUUACCAGGCUAAGCUUGAAGCCAGCACACAGGAGAUGGCGACAGUCAGAGCGUUGCUCGAGAGUGAACAGUCCCAGCAGGUCCAGCAGGCCAGUGUGGAGGAGCAGCUUAGUGCGGCGGUGGGACAGACAGAGGAAGAGACAGCUCCCGCAGCUGAAGAAGAGUCAGCUGCAGCAACUGAAGAAGAAGAGGCACUCCCUGCAGAUGCAGAACAAGAGGCACCCAACACAGAAGAAGAGGAAGAGGCAGAUGAGGGAGGAGAGACGAGUGAAGGAGAGGCAGCUGCACAGGAUGAAGCUCCUGUCGAGCAGGAGGCCGCUGUGACAGAUGAAACUGCUCCUGCAGAGGAGGCUGAGGCAGUAAAGGAGGAUCAGACAGAGCAAGAUGAGUCGGCUGCUCUAUCUGAAACGACAGACGAGGGGGUAGAAGGUGAAGAGGAGAACCAGGAAGCAGAUCAAGAGGAGAGCCACCAAGCGAAGGAGGUAGAAGCAGAUGCAGAGGAGAGCCACCAAGCAGAGGAGGUAGAAGCAGAUGCAGAGGAGGAGACAGCAGCAGAAGAAGAGGUGUUGUCUGAAGGAGAGACAGGACUAGGAGGGGAGGAAGUAUCGGAAGGAGAGGAAGAACAGCAGGAUGCAGCAGCUGAAGAGAAGGCAGAGGAGACACACGAAGCAGAGGAGCCUUUAGAAAAUAACGCUUUACCAGAGGAUGAAUAGUGCAUAUCACCAGAAAGGGAUUUUUUUUUCCACACCGGACAAAUCCGCCAAGGAGACUGAGAGCUUUCUCAGUCUAAAGUCACACUCUACAACACGAAAAAUACUGUAGGAAGGCGUUAUUGAUUGCUGUUGUUUAGGUGCAGUAUUCAUUAUGUGGUUGCUCUUUGAAAGGCAGAAGAAAUCGGUCACGCUGGAGUCGGAGCUGAAACCUGUACCUCAAAAUAUGACAUGGCUGUUAGUAAAUGAGUAAUUCAGGGUUUACCUGCCAAUAACAACCUGAGAAGCCUUAAACCAUAAAUCUCUCUUUCUACAGAGCUUUUUCCACUCUUCAAAACUUGCACUUUUUUGUUUGUUAGGUUCUGUACUAAACUGGAAAAGCCAAUGACAUUAACUGUUUAUCAAUGCACUUGAAGCCAUAAGUAACGCCUGUCGUGGUGACAUUAAAAUGUGUUUCUAUUUGUCA